AUGGCCAAAAGUAUCGCCAAGUCUUUCACUUCUAAGGUGAAGCAGAUGCGACUGCAUAAAGAUGACUUUGAAAUAUUGAAAGUGAUUGGCCGAGGUGCCUUUGGGGAGGUUGCUGUUGUGAAAUUAAAAAAUGCAGAUAAAGUGUUUGCCAUGAAAAUAUUAAAUAAAUGGGAGAUGCUGAAAAGAGCUGAGACAGCUUGUUUUCGAGAAGAGAGGGAUGUUUUGGUGAAUGGGGAUAACCAGUGGAUUACAACAUUGCACUAUGCCUUCCAGGAUGAAAAUUAUUUAUACCUUGUUAUGGAUUACUAUGUUGGUGGAGAUCUGCUUACCUUGCUCAGUAAGUUUGAGGACCGGUUACCUGAAGAAAUGGCUCGCUUUUAUUUAGCUGAAAUGGUGGUAGCAAUUGAUUCGGUACAUCAGCUACAUUAUGUCCACAG